AUGGACGGUUUGUAUAUCGCCGUUGUUUGUUCCUCUAAUAUGAAUAGAAGUAUGGAAGCACAUGCCUUCUUAGCUAAAAAAGGUUUCAAAGUGAAAUCCUACGGGACCGGGGAGAAAGUGAAGUUGCCCGGUGCGUCCGCUGACCGACCUAACUGUUACGAGUUCGGUGUUCCCUACGAUGAUAUAUACAACGAUCUGUUAGAGAAAGACAAGGCUUAUUACACCCAGAACGGUUUGUUACACAUGUUAGAUAGGAAUCGAAGAAUUAAACCUUGCCCGGAGAAGUUUCAAGUGUCGACGGAGCGCUUCGAUGUGAUAAUUACAUGCGAAGAGAGAGUCUAUGAUCAAGUCAUAGAAUGGUUUGGAUCCAAGAGGUCCGUUUACAACCAGCCCGUACAUGUAGUGAAUGUGGACAUACAAGACAAUCACGAGGAAGCCACAAUAGGAGCCUUCCUGAUAAGCGACAUGGUCACUAAGAUGGCUCAGAGUGACGACUUAGACAAUGACAUUGACGAGUUACUUCAUGAGUUUGAAUCCAAGUGCCAACGACCCAUCCUGAACUGUAUCAUGUUUUACUAA